UGGGACCCGUAUUGUCACUCAUCACCCGUGCUCCAAGCUAAGGCGCAGGACUAACAGUAACUAAACUCGACCUCACCGUCCGCCAUCUCUUUCUGGUCCUCUUCCCAACCACCACCACCACCAACUUCCCCCCCUCCCCUCCCUCUUCCUUCAUUGUUCGAUCCCCUCUAUUCUGGGUAAGACCCUGGGGUCUUUUCUACACUAAUCUCGAAUUCGGACCGACUAUAAUAUCAAAGAAAAGUCGCCUGCCUAUCACGCGCCAUUCUUUGUGCUCCCGCAAGCUUCAAUUCCCAUCGGGCUAUAUGCAGAGCCUCCCAUCCGUCUCUUUGUCUCGUCACCAACCGAUUCCCAUCGCAUCCCGCAUUGCUCCAUUUUCCUGACCCUGUCUCUCGGUAGAGGCCAACAAAGAACCCAUCGUUCGAGGUCCUUCCUGGGAACCGGAUAUUGCCCUGGGACGAAAGGAAGGUUGUCUUUCGCCGGUCGGACUGACAACGUUGGUUUCGUUUCCGUUCGCUUUUAGACUUGUCGCUUGUGGGGCCGGUGUCUGGUCUUACAGGCCUGUAAUAUUAGAGGCAUGAGUGGGAUCGCGAGUGCGUGUUUAUCCUGUCUCUCGACAGUUGACCGCUGGUGUCAUAUCACCGCCUGUCUCGGGCCUAUCGGCGGUCGCUCGAGGGAUGGAAUUUACGAGACAACCUUAGCAGAUAACGAGCGGGAAGCAGUUUCCGACUUGUUAGGCUACCUUGAAAAUAGAGCCGAGACCGACUUCUUCAGAGGUGAACCGCUUAGCGCUUUAAGUACACUGGUAUACUCCGAUAACGUCGACCUUCAACGAAGUGCCAGUUUGACAUUUGCUGAAAUCACGGAGAGAGACGUGCGCGAAGUUGAUCGGGAUACCCUCGAACCCAUCCUUUUCUUGUUACAAAGCUCCGAUAUUGAAGUGCAACGUGCGGCUAGCGCUGCUCUGGGAAACCUCGCUGUAAAUGCGGAUAACAAGGUAUUGAUUGUCGCCCUCGGAGGGCUGGCCCCUCUAAUACGGCAGAUGAUGUCGCCCAAUGUCGAAGUCCAAUGCAAUGCAGUCGGUUGCAUUACGAAUCUAGCUACGCAUGAGGACAACAAGGCCAAGAUCGCUCGGUCGGGUGCGCUGGGACCGUUGAUUCGUCUGGCGAAAUCCAAGGAUAUGCGUGUACAACGGAAUGCGACGGGGGCCUUGCUAAACAUGACACAUUCUGAUGAUAACCGACAACAAUUGGUCAACGCUGGCGCGAUUCCCGUCUUGGUUCAACUGCUUUCUUCCUCCGACGUUGAUGUACAAUACUAUUGUACGACUGCUCUCAGCAACAUCGCUGUCGAUGCGUCAAACCGAAAAAGACUUGCCCAAACCGAGUCCCGAUUGGUUCAGUCACUGGUUCAUCUCAUGGAUUCAUCCACCCCUAAAGUCCAAUGCCAGGCCGCGCUGGCUCUUCGCAAUCUGGCUUCGGACGAGAAAUACCAACUCGAAAUCGUGCGCGCCAAAGGUCUUCCCCCGCUCUUGCGCCUCUUGCAGUCUUCCUACCUUCCCCUCAUACUCUCCGCCGUCGCAUGCAUUCGCAACAUCUCUAUUCACCCGCUUAACGAAUCCCCCAUUAUCGAUGCGGGCUUUCUGAAGCCACUGGUGGACCUGCUUGGCUCGACGGAUAAUGAAGAGAUCCAGUGCCACGCCAUUUCCACGCUCCGAAAUCUUGCCGCCAGUUCGGACCGUAACAAGGAGCUUGUCCUCCAAGCGGGUGCGGUCCAGAAAUGCAAGGACCUGGUCCUGAAGGUUCCUCUCAGCGUCCAGUCGGAGAUGACUGCCGCUAUCGCUGUUUUGGCCCUCAGUGAUGAGCUCAAACCCCACCUUCUGAAUCUCGGCGUUUUUGACGUUCUGAUCCCUCUGACGGAGUCUGAAAGCAUUGAAGUGCAAGGGAAUAGUGCUGCGGCCCUGGGCAAUCUUUCCUCCAAGGUCGGCGAUUAUUCCAUAUUUGUUCGUGAUUGGGCGGAUCCCAAUGGCGGUAUCCACGGCUAUCUUAAGCGGUUCCUCGCCAGCGGCGAUCCUACGUUCCAACACAUUGCCAUCUGGACUCUCCUUCAGCUGUUAGAGUCAGAAGACAAGAGACUAAUCAGUUAUAUUGCCAAAUCCGAUGAUGUCGUGCAGAUGGUCAAGUCGAUCUCCGACAAGAACAUCGAGUCCGACGAGGAGGAUCAGGAAGAUGGUGAGGGAGAGGUAAUUGCGCUGGCACGACGAUGCCUCGAAUUUCUUGGUAACGGCCCCCGACAAACGCUUGUGGAAGCUUAAUUAAUCCAAGCACCGUCACUUCCUUUAAUGAUUUAUCCUUAUCGUUUCCUUUCCCACUCGUCUAUAGUUGACCUUGUGUUUUACACAUUCACUUUACGUUCUCCUAGGUGUUCAG